UCUGUUGGGCGGGGGGGAGCACUGCUGCGACUGUUUUCUUUUAAUUGUGCCAAAUGUCUUGAUUAAUAAGGAUUUACAGUUUUUUCAUGAUAUCUUUAUCUCUUCAAAUAUGAUCCACAGAAAAUGUAGACAACACUAUUUGCUUAAUAAAAGGAGUACCCGCGUGUCUGUGUCUUGAUAUAAUUAAUAAGGGGUGUGGAUUCACUGCCGUCCUCACUGUGUUGAGCAAAAUACCGGUGUAAGGAAAAUGGCGGAAAGCUACGCGUGGAUUUUGGUCCUCGGAGCCGUCCUUUUGUGCAACCUUGUGAAAACGUUUUUGCCGUCAGUCUCUUCCCUUCUGUCGAAGGUCCUUCAGAAGGAUGCUGACCAGGAGACCCAGAUGAGGCUGGAAAUCCAGAGCAUGAAGCAGGAGCUCUCCACCAUCAGCAUGAUGGAUGAGUUUGCCAGAUACGCCAGACUGGAACGGAAGAUCAACAAGAUGACAGACAAACUCAAAACGCAUGUCAAAUCAAGAACUGGUCAGCUGGCAAAAAUAAAAUGGAUGGUUAGCAUUGUCUUCUAUAUUUUACAAGCAGUUCUAAUGAUCUCGUUAAUUUGGAAGUAUUAUGCCGACCCAGUGACUGUACUGCCCAGCAAAUGGAUUGCACCUCUCGAACGUCUAGUGGCUUUUCCAAGUGGAGUAGCAGGUGGAGUUGGAAUAACAUGCUGGCUUGUAGUGUGCAACAAGGUUGUUGCAGUCAUGCUCCAGGCUUUCAGCUGAGAAGAGAGACCAGCUUUCUAUGUAUUGCCCUGUAAUCAAACCCAGUUUCAUCUGUUUUCCCAAAGCUUAAAACUGGGGAUUUGUUUAUGUUGCUGUAUAUAUGGCAACAUGACAGUGAAUGGAUGUCUUUUUUUUAAUUUAUUGUUUCACAUUGACUAUUUGCACUUGUCAGUGUGAUAUUUUACUUCUGGAGAUGCUCUAUUCUAGUCACACCUGGGUUUUAAGUUGAUUGAGUUGAAAGGGUCCCCUGGAUUGAAAACAGUAACCAUAGUCCUCUGCCAAGGGUUGGUCGGAUUUGAACUAAGUUGAGAAAGCCAGGGUAAUCAAAGAUGUUUU